UAGCUGAUUUCUAUCUCGCGAGCUCUACAACUUGAACGGUUCAGAUUACUGUAAUGAACGCACGGUGAGACCCACAAAUGACGACAGCAGAAACCUUGGGUUAUUGAGUUACCACUAAAAUAUGUUCUGAAGCCCUUAUUAUUUUUACUUUACCUCUCAGCAAAUAAACCAUGCUCAAAACCAUAACGAACUUCAACCGUUCUUCUUCAACCCCAACCCUUCUCCAAAAACCCAACUAUUUCACCCUCACGAAACAGACUAUAAUCGACUUUUUAAAGACAUGUUCAACCUUAAAGCAGCUGGAAUCAGCCUACGCAGUCAUGGUCAAGACCAGUGCAAACCAAGACAGCUUCUUGGCCAACCAAUUCAUCAGCAUCGCGUGUUCCACGUUCCGUCGAAUCGAUUACGCAGUCUUGGCCAUUACCCAGAUGGAGAACCCAAAUGGGUUUGUGUACAAUGCCAUGAUCAGAGGUUUUGUUCAUUGCUCUUCGUACCCGUUUCGAGGUCUAUUGCUGUACUUGGAAAUGCUUAGAGAGCAAAUAUGUCCUACGAGUUAUACAUUUGGGUCGAUAGUCAAAGGUUGUACUUUGAUUUAUGAUUUAAAACUCGGCGAGGCUGUUCAUGGGCAUGUUUGGAAAUUUGGGUUUGCGUCGAAUUUGUAUGUUCAGACUGCUUUGAUUGAUUUUUACUCGAAUUUGCGUAGAAUGGUUGAGACGAGACGGGUGUUUGAUGAAAUGCCCGAAAGAGAUGUUUUUGCGGGGACGACCAUGCUCAUGGCUUAUGCUCGAGUUGGGGAUUUAGGGUCUGCGAGAAGGCUGUUUGAUGAAAUGCCUGAAAGAAACAUGGCGUCAUGGAAUACGAUGAUUGAUGGGUAUGCAAGUGUUGGGGAUGUAGAGGCCGCGGCUGUUUUGUUCAAUGAGAUGCCUAGAAGAGAUUUAAUUUCUUGGACGACGAUGAUCAAUUGUUAUGCUCAGAACAAGCAAUAUACAGAAGCAUUGGCAGUUUUUAAUGAGAUGAAAAGCCAAGGGAUUAACCCUGAUGAAGUGACCAUGGCAACUGUUAUUUCGGCUUGUGCUCAUAUUGGAGCACUUGACUUGGGUAAGGAAAUACAGCUUUAUGUAAUGCAAAAUGGGUUUUAUCUUGACAUUUAUCUUGGUUCUGCACUGAUUGACAUGUAUGCAAAGUGUGGAAGUUUGGAUAGAUCACUUGUGGUGUUCUUCAAAUUGCAGGAAAAAAAUCUUUUCUGUUGGAAUUCUGUGAUUGAAGGGCUUGCAGUCCAUGGGUGUGCACAAGAAGCAUUGGCAAUGUUUAGUAGGAUGGAGAAGGAGAAUAUAAAGCCAAACGGUGUUACUUUUAUUAGCGUUCUUAGUGCUUGUACUCAUGCAGGACUUGUUGAAGAGGGCCGUAAGAGGUUCCUAAACAUGUCAAAUGAUUAUUCCAUCCCCCCCGAAAUUCAACACUACGGGUGCAUGGUUGAUCUAUUAUGCAAGGCAGGUUUGCUUGAAGAUGCACUGGAAUUGAUAGUGGGCAUGCCAAUCGAACCAAACUCUGUUAUUUGGGGUGCUCUACUGAGUGGAUGUAAGCUUCAAAAGAACUUAGAUAUUGCUCAAAUUGCUGUUAACAAGCUGAUGACCUUGGAGCCAAAUAAUAGUGGGUAUUUCAGCCUUUUGAUUAACAUGUAUGCUGAAGCAAACCUGUGGAGUGAGGUUACUAAGGUCCGAUCAACCAUGAAGGUACUAGGUGUGGAAAAGACUUAUCCAGGAUCCAGUUGGAUUGAAAUUGACAGUAGGGUUCAUCUGUUUGCAGCUUCUGAUAAGUCUCAUCCAUGUUUGGGCAACAUUUAUGUUGCGCUAUGCGUGUUAGACGAGCAUAUGAAGCUAGUUGGUUAUCAGACUAAAGGAGGGCUAAUGUAAUACCGGUUUGCUUGUGAAGGAAGAAUUGUCAUUUAAAGACAUUGUCUUUCACAAUUGAAAUGGAGCGUCUUGAGGUGGGUGGAUGCCUAGACGAGGGAGAAGAGUUUCAGGUGCAAUGCCAGUGCAACAGAACUGGGACAAACAGGUGCAGCUUCAAAAGGCUAUUUUUUAGUUCCAUGAGACACUACACUGUUUUGCCCAUAGAAUAUGUAUCCCAAUGGAGAGAGAAAAACAAUGCAGCAAUUGCAUCCAUGUCUUUGCCGGCCAGAAGGCCGGGUCAGGGUGUGCCCGAGGUUCAUUCGGAUACUAAUCUUCACACAAUUGUUCCUAGAUUGUACACAGGAAAUUGCGCAAACAAGAGUCUUUUGCUAUACUAAAAGAAAGCUAUGCCCGUUCUACUUCCGUGCCGGUUGUCAAUUGUGAUAUCAAACUUUUGUAAUAAACAAGCUGAUUAUGAGUUUGUUCUC